AUGGAUCGUCAGGCUCUCCGAGCUCUCCUGAUCCCUAUUCAAGAGAUGUGCAACAAAUUCGCUCAACAACGUAUCACUCGGUCGACGAUCUUCUCUUACAAACGCGAGAUCGAGGAGUUGGUCAACCAAGUCAACUACAAGAAUCUGCGGAUGAACAGGCCCAGCAGCUUAGAAUGGCAGGACACUGGUGCUCCGACACAUUUUGCAGAGAUCCACUUCUCGGAAAAUCUACAAAUCGGUGCAUUUGGUCUUACCAAUAUUGGUUGCAAAGUGCCACUGCAUGAUCAUCCGCUCAUUCACGGUUUCAUCAAAGUCAUCUACGGAAAGAUUGAGAUCCACUCAUUUUCAACGAAAACUCACCUUGCGCCCGAGGACGAUGGAACAAUAGAGGCUCUUUAUGAAGGCUCCAGAAUUUUGACUCCAGAAGACAAUGCGAUUUAUCUGUCGCCAGGCAACGGAAACCUUCAUGAAAUCGUUUGUAUGGAUCCAGCCUCUGUGUUCUUCGAUGUUCUCAUCCCUGGAUAUCAAGACUGCCAAUGUUCUUAUUACGAAAUGCCCAGGCCUCUGCCACCCCCACAAACAGUCGCCGUUGUCAAGCGUCGCCCCAGAGGAGGUGACUACUGGACUGCCGCCUUCGACUACCCUCGUCUCUUCGACCUC